AUGGCAAACCCAUAUGAGCAGCAGGACGACCCCUUUAAGGAGGAAAGUCAGCCCAAAUCCCCCGCUGUUGGCUCCCCUGCGACAACCCGCACGAAUUCCACAUCACCUGCUAUUGUUUCAGUACACAACACCGUAACAACUCCAUUUGCACAGUCGCAGGCAUCAUACACUACCGCAGAACAGCCAAAACAAAUGCGGCAAUCAAAGGAUUUAUCAAUCAGUUCUGGAGGAAAUACCUCUCAACAAGGGUUUUACAGUGGACCUUCAUACUCGAGUGUACCACCACCGCCAGUAAUGCCUGUGCCACAGAACUCCCAAAUGCCUUUACCUCAGCAACAACAACAACCUCAACAUCCACAACAACAACAACAACAACAACAGCCAGAACAGAUUGUACCAACUUCUAAAUUUUGGACUAUUGAGUUUUAUCAGCAAUUUUUUGAUGUUGACACUCGUCUGGUGCUUUUGCGUAUGAGUAAUACUUUGGUGCCGAUUAACCCUCCUGAUUUUUUAAUGGAUCGUGACUGGUGUAAUCCUGCUGCACAAACUCCUUCCUACGAGCUACAAGAAGCUGGUGUUACACUAUCUCGCAAACCAGAUCUAUACGGCCCUUUUUGGAUAUGUACAACAUUAUGGAUGACCCUUGGUAUUGUAAGUAAUAUUAUGAGUAAGAUUGCGUUUACUCACGAUAGCUCUAAUAAGGAUAAAAAGUGGAAAUAUGAUUUCUCUAUGGCUUCUGUGGCAUGCAUUGUUAUGUACCUAUAUUGCUUUGGAUUUGGUUGCUUUGUUUGGGGUCUCAUGAAGUACAAAGGACUUCCGGUAUCGUUGACGGACACACUAUGUCUUUACGGAUAUAGUAUGUUUAUAUUUCUACCAAUGGCAAUCCUCUGCACUAUUCCUGUUUCUGCAUUCCAAUGGGUAAUUGUAAUGCUAGGUGGGGUGUGGUCAACUGCCUAUCUUCUUAUUAAUUUCUGGCAUAUAUGGAAGACUAUAUUGAAUCGUGCGUGGUUUAUAGGAACUGUGGCUGUGGUAGGAGUUUUUCAUAUGCUGCUGACGUUGUCCUUUAAAUUCUACUUUUUGAACUACAAAUUUUAG